CAUUGUAACAUGUUUUCGCGUAGGAAAGUAUCUGUCAGAUAUGGAAAAUGAAACAAUUUACCAAGAAAACAAUAACAUUGAUGAUGAAAACCGCGAGCAAGACAGUUCUUGCUAUACACAUGUGUCAUUUGAUAAUUCAAAUGACUCCUUUAUUCCUCAAAAUUUUGUGAAUAUAUCCAGAAAUGCUAAUAUUAAUGACAGUACUAAUCGUUGCAUCUAUCCAAACAUUGAGAAUAUCAAACAGGAAGAGCCGUACAAUAUAGGAUAUAUCCAGAACACAUUAUCUGAUGACCAGAUUUAUAUGCAGAUUAACCCUGGUGAUCUUCACAUGCCAGAAAACCCCUCCCAUGUCACACUUACUAUAGAAAGCCAAAAUCCUGACACAAAGAAUAAAGAGUUCACAAGGUUUAAAUGUGAUUUUGCUGGUUGUCCAAGAACUUACAGCACACCUGGAAAUCUCAAAACUCACAAGAAAACACAUAAAGGAGAGUACACGUUUAUAUGCAAUGAGGAAAAUUGUGGGAAGCAGUUCCUGACAUCAUAUGCAUUGAGGAUACAUGUACGAGUUCACACCAAGGAAAAACCAUUUGAAUGUGAAGUAUCUGGCUGUGAAAAAACAUUUAACACUGUCUACAGACUACGAGCACAUCAGAGGGUACACACUGGUAACACAUUCAACUGUAACGAGGAUGGAUGUACUAAAUUUUUCACCACACUUAGUGAUCUGCGGAAACAUAUCAGGACUCAUACUGGUGAAAAGCCAUACAGAUGUGAAUUGGACGGAUGUGGGAAAGCAUUUACAGCUAGUCAUCAUUUAAAAACACAUAAACUCAUUCAUACAGGAGAAAAACCGUUUCAGUGCAAUCAGUGUGAUAAUAAAGGCUUUACUACGUUACAUAGUCUGAAAAAUCAUAAAAACAAGCAUAACAAGGAGGAAAAUAAACAGAAUACAGAAGGGAUAAUGAAAGCAGAUGAAAUCAUGAGUAUAUUUGAAGUCAGUGCUGCAGAUUUUACAUCUGACUCUAACACUAUAACAGUAUUUCCAUUCGCAACAAGUGAAGAUGAAAGUAGCAAUGUUGAGGAUGUUACUGUGGAAUCAGUGGAACCAGUUGUAAAUGUCCCAAUAAAUUGUGCCAAUAUCAAUAGAGCAGGAGAUCUAAAUUGUAGCUCAGAGAAAACUAAUAAAAUGUCAAGAGUGGUAAUCAAUGUACCUAGAAUUAAUAGAAUAAGUGGCAAUACUUUGAAACAAAAAGAUAAUCAUGGAGGAACAUCAGAUUCAAAUACAUUAAGUGCAAUAUCUUCUAAGGAAAUGGUUAAAUCAUCAGACAGGUCUGCUCCACGGAUAAUUAAGGUAUGGACUGUUCCAAAGGCACCGACCACUGUGACUUCCACAGACUUGCCAAAUGCAGGUGCAAAUGCUCAGUCAAUCCCAAAACAUACCCCAAAGGUUAUUACAGUGCCUGCACCUGAGUAUAUGGCUGCUCCUGUGGAAUCUGAUGCAAAGUUUACACAGGAAAUUGUUGAUUCGUCUGGUUCUUUAAUUUCUGAAGCAAACAUUAAGCAAGAGUUAGAUGCUGCAAAGGAAGAAGAAUAUGUUAUAUCUGCAGAUAAAGUUGGGAAUAGUUUGCAUGGAGAAGAUAAAGCUAUACAUAUAUCAGAGGAUGGGAGAGAAAAUGUUUUAGUGCAGCAUUACCUUCUUACUAGUAUUAUUACAAAUACUCCAUCAGGCCAACAGACCAGUCAAUUAAUAACAACACCUAUUGUUAUACCGUCUGGGUCUGAUGAUUCUGCAGACAAUGUAACCAAUGUACCAAUGCAUCUUAUAGGAGAUACAGUUAUAGCAAACAAUGAGCAUGCAGUUAUAACAACCAAUAACUCUGAUGAAAUUAAUGUGACAAAUACCUCAAAUGAUGUUCCAGUUAUUGAGCUAAUAAAUGAUGAAAUUGCAUCAAGGGAUGCAAUAGCUGAUAGUAAUCAGAAAAUUUAUGAUGAACUCGGUACUGAAGUGCCUGGAGCUGCACGAUGUAUACCGCUAUUCCACGAGACUCACUCGAGAGAUAAAAUUAAUCUUACAUUUCCUCAGCAAGUGGAAGACAAUGAAUCCAUCCAUGAAAAUCAUGCUAUGGAUAUUGUACAAGUGUUAGAAUCAAUGAUUGAUGAUGCAAGCACAGACAUGUUAACAAGUAAUUCUCACCCAGAUCCGCAUUGCCAGGAUGGUUGUUCUGAUUACACUGACUUUGUAGAUACUGACAAAGAAUAUGUUCUGGUCAAUCCGGUUUCUGAUGACUUCCAGUUUCAAGAUGACCUAGAGUCGUCAUUACAAUGUGUGAGCAACUCAUCUGUGGCAGAGAGUUCAGAUGCAAUCAGUUUAUCAAUGGCAGCCUCUCAGGAGUUAUCUGAUGCUCUCUCAAGUUUAUGAUACAUGUGUAGUAUUUUCCUGUAGAAUGUGACAGUUUGAUGUAACACUUUGCUUUACUCAUGAUAUGAUACAUAAAUGAUUCCUAUAAUACAAUUUGUAUCAUGGUAUGUAUCUGUGAAACAAAACAACAGAGUGAACCACUUCUUACUUACUAAACCCUUACCUCACUGUAUAUCUUAAAUGGACUGGUUUGUCUUUCAAUCUUAACAAAAUGACCAUUUUUGGGGAAAUUUUCAAUAUGUGUGAACAGUGCUGACUAUGAUCAGAUGGCACAUAUGUGCUAGGUUAUCUUUGUCAGCACUGCUCGCAUGGGUAAUUUCAGUUGCUGCUGGUUAUCAAAUUCUUAAAGUCUGUAAAUUGCAGAUUUAAGCUAGGACAGUCACUUUUCAAAAUAAGUUUGAGGCAUAUUAAUUAAUAAUUUUGAGAUGAUUGCCACCAAUGUUAAAAAAUGAUAACUUGAGCAUGCCAUAUUUCUUUGAUAGUUACCUCCCUUGUUUGGGGUUUAGAAUAAUGAUGUGCUGUAUCAUUCUGUGCAGGUAAUUUGUCAUACUAUGAUUCAAACUGUCGUCCAACAUUUCAAGUACUAGUAAACAGUUUUUAACAAUAUAUUGUUACACUCUAAACUUUAGCAACAAGUUUGAUAAAAAAUAUACAAUAGUUUUGCAAUAAUAUUAGUAGCUAUGUUUAAAUAACAUGAAGAUAUCCAGUUUUUUUUGUGACAGCCAUUAUUUUUCUUUGAUGUACUGUAUUGUAAUUAUCAUUUGUCAUCUUACAUCAAUUGAUAAACAUGACUAGCUUAGAAGAUAUUUUUGAGAAAAAUGCAUUUCUUUGUAACCUAGUACGGGUAUUAUUUGUCUCAUCAUUUUUCUGACCUUUAUAAAACAUGAAAUACACAGUUCCGAUCUAUUAGACUGUGAUAAAUCUAAAUCAGUUUAUAAACAUAUUUAUUUUUAUUCAUUUGUGAUGACUUGAAGCAAUAUUUAGUCUGAUUUCUGGAACUAACCAGUAGUGGUGUGUAAUGAGGAAACAUGUGAUGUUGAGCCCUACUCGCCCCAGCGUCCGCGUCCAGAUUUCAGAUUAAAGUUUUGGUGCAGUAAAAUAUUUUUCACUAUUACUUUUUAGCUCGACUUUUCUAUGAAAAGGGGAGCUAUCCUACUCGCCCCGGCGUCGGCGUCGGCGUUGGCGUCACACCUUGGUUAAGUUUUUCGUACCACCCCACUUUAUUUCAGAAGUAUUACAAGUAUGGCUUUGAAACUUACCAUACUUGUUCACCAUCAUAACCUCCAUCUACAGACAAGAGUACAUAACUCUGUCAAGGUUUUUGACAGAAUUAUGGCCCUUUUUUUGACUUAGAAAGUGUAUUGAGCUUGGUUAAGUUUUUUGUACCACUCACUUUAUUUCAAAACCAUUGGAGGUAUUGCUUUGAAACUGACCAUACUUGUUUACCAUCACGACCUUCAUCAACAGACAAGAGGACAUAACUCUGUCAAGGUUUUUGACAGAAUUAUGCCCCUUUUUGACUUAGAAAAUACAUUGAAUAUGGGUAAAAUCCACUUAUUGCCUUAACCCUUUGAGAUAUUGCUUUGAAACUUUUAAUGCUAUUUCACAUCAUUACCCCCAUCUGUACGCAAGAGAAGGUAACUCUGUCAAGGAUUUGUUUUAAAAAUUAAGGCCUUUUAUCGACUUAGAAUCUUGGUUAAUAAUUCUUCACUAAAUAUCUUAAUGCUCAUGGCCAUUGUUCACUUUAAAAAUACAGAGAUUCUUGUAUUGCCUUUUACUGCAAAAACUUUUUUUAUUGGCAAGCAAUAAAAAAGUCGAGCGCGCUGUCUUACGGACAGCUCUUGUUAAUUUCUUGAGGUAUCAACUUCAAACUUCUAAUAUAUGUUCCUUAUCAUCAGCCACAUCUUAUGUGACAAGGUUCAUAACUCUAGCACCAAUAUUUUCAGAUUUAUAUCUCCUUGAACUUAGAAUUUUCCUUAAAAAAUAUUAUUUUUUACUGUAACUUCUUUAUUUUAAUAGGGAUCAACUUCAUACUUCAAAUAUAUGUUCCGUAUCAGGAACCAUAUCUUAUGUGACAAGGUUCAUAACUCUUGCACCAAUAUUUUCAGAUUUAUCUCCCCUUAAACUAAGAAUUUUCCCUAGAAAUAUUAUUUUUACUGUUACUUCUUCAUUUCAUAAGGGAUCAACUUCAUACUUCAAAUAUAUGUUCCUUAUCAGCAACCACAUAUUAUGUGACAAGGUUCAUAACUCUUGAACCAAAUAUUUUCAGAUUUAUCUCCCCUUAAACUAAGAAUUUUCCUUAGAAAUAUUAUUUUUUACUGUUACUUCUUAAUUUCUUAAAGGAUCAACUUAAUACAUAUAUAAUACAUAUAUGUAAAUAUAUGUUCCUUAUCAUUAACCACAUCUUAUGUGACAAGGUUCAUAACUGUAGCACCAAUAUUGCAAGAAUUAUCUACCCAUUUACUUAGAUUUUUUUACUUUAAAAAAUGUUACUUUUUACUAAAACUUCUUUAGUUUUAAAGGUCAUCAACCACAUCUUCUGUGACAAGGUUCAUAACUCUUGAAGCAAUAUUUUCAGUUUUAUCUCCCUUUGAAAGUAGAAUUUUCUUUAAGAAAUAUUAUAACUUCUUUACUUUUUAAGGUAUCUACUUCAAAUAUAAUUUCUUAUAUGUUGUGUGACAAGGUCCAUAACUCUAGUGUGACUUUUUCCAGAAUUAUUAACCCUUAAACUUGGACUUUGUUAACAACUAUAACUUCUUGUCAUAAGAACUAAUAUAUUUACAUCAUAAUUGAUUUUUCUUUCAUAGUUUUGUCUUCCCUACCGCAUCCAGUAUUCAAUUAGUCGAGCUUCGCUGUCUCCUGUGACAGAUCUUGUUUUGACAUGAUUGAACUGGAAAUAUUAUUAUUAGGUCAGGCCCAAAAAUAUGUUCAUGCAAAAUAUUUCAAAUCAUACCCUUAAUUUGUUUUCCAGAAUAAUCAUUUUAUAUGUGCAAAACAUUAUAGAAUUGAAAAAGGCUUUUAACACAAAUGUGAAAAUAUGAAUUGCAACUUAUAAUUAUAAAAAGCAUGAAAUAAAUAGAAACUUUAAUUGUUUCACAUGUGAGAUCAUAUUAUAUUUCACUAGUAAACAGCAGCUGUCACAUCACAAGAUGUUUGUCUAAUGAAAUAUGUUACAUUGAUAUGUACUGAAACAAAUAUCCUCCUUAUAAUUUAGUAUUUCUACUUACCCUUUAACUGCAUGAGCAUAUUCUAAAAAAUGUCCGUUUUCAUUGAAAAACUUCCUGUUACAAGUUCAAACUCUUAUGAAACUAUGAAAAAUGCUUCAAUACUUAUGAAACUUGGCACAAAUGUUGACUGGACCAUAGCCUUUGUAACAGCAUGCUCAAGCUUAAAUUUCAUCUCAAAAUUGCCAAAAUUACUAUUUUGCAUUGUUUUUUUUUCUAUCAAAAUUGAUUUCAAAGUGCUGCUUCUGAAUGGAUUGAGAUGGAGAAAAGGGCUUUUCCGUGUUGGUUACAUGUUACCGUAAGAUCUACCUGAGGCCAUUGUUAGCCUGCCACAUGUCCAAAAUUUUCUUUGCGAUGAGGCUCCUCUUCAAAACCCCAAACAGAAAGGGGCUUUUUCCCCUUCUGGCAACCCCUUGAUGUACCUUUUAGAUAGGGGGGCAGCGCCGAAAAAGUGAUCACUUUUUUUUAACAACAUUUCUCAAGCGAGAAACAGUGUUUAGGGCCUAAAAAGGGCUUUUUUUCUCUUUAUUUGAGGCCUCAAAGGGGGGGGGGGUUGGGUGAAAAACCGUCAAAACACAUCUAUAUGAGGUAAAAGGUUAAUGAAAUAAAUGUUCAAUACAGCAAUACAGUAGACUUAAUUGAUGAGUAAAUGAUAUUGAGAUGAACUUACCUAUUGUCUACAGCUCUAGUAUGUUUUUGAUAUUCUAUAUUAGAAUGCACACAUAUGUGUAAUAUAUAUAUUGUAUAUAAUAUUGUAAUAAUAAUAUACUUAAUAAUAACAUGAUGUAUUAUAAUUAAUAAUUAUAAUAAUGUUGGACAUAUUUACAUGGAUAUAAAUUUAUUUCUUUAUGUUUUUGCUAAGCAUAUACAAAGGCAUUGAUAAGAUAUGAUCUAAUUUACUGCCAUGCUUUAUGCCCCUUGAAAGCUUACCCUUAUUUUUGUCUAAGUUUUCUGAGACACCACCAAAUGUUUUUGACAUGACGGGACUGGACUGGACUUUGUUUCUUUAGAUUAAUCUAGCAAAUUUUGUGUGCAAAAUUUCAGAUCAUUGACUCGGUCUGUUUCUCCAGAAAUUAUUUUAAAAUUGUGCAAAAUGAUCCAAAACUGAUAAGGUCAAGGUUAGUGUUACUAAAAAUAGAUGUUCAGUUUCCGCUAAAUAACUCGAGUUUGCUUUGGCCUAUUGACACCUAACAUGGUUAUUGGUACCUUAUAUCAAAAGGCAGCUUGGGAUUGCUACCCAGGUGUUUGUGGUCAAGGUCAAGGUCACUGUUACUUAUAAUAGAAAUUCAGUUUCAGCUCAAUGAUUUGAGUUUGCUUUGGCCUAUUGACACCAAACUUGGUGUGUAGCUUAUAUCAAGAGGCAGCUUGGGAUUGCUACCCAGGUGUCUGUGAUCAAGGUCAACGUCACUGUUACUAAUAAUAGAAAUUCAGUUUCAGCUCAAUAACUUGAGUUUGCUGUGGCAUAUGAACACCAAACUUGUUGAAUGGGUAGCUUAUAUCAAGACACUACUGAGGAUAACUACCCAGGUGACUAUGAUUAAAGUCAAAGUCACUUAAUUGCUAAUAAUAGAAAUUAAGUUUCUACUCAAAAACUUGAUUUUGUUGUGACCUAUGGACAGCAUUUGAUGUGUGGUUAGCUUAUAUCAGGAUGUAACUUGGGAUUGCUAUCCAGAUGUCUGUGAUCAAGGUCAAUGUCAAUGUUGCUAAAAAUAGAAAUUCAGUCUCCCAAUAAUGACUUCAAUUUCCUUAGACCUAUUGACACCAAACUUGGUGUGUGGGAAGCUUAUAUCAAGAUGCAACUUUGGAUUGCUACCAAGGUGACUGUGAACAAGGUCAAGGUCACUCUUGCUUAAAAAGGAAAAAGAAAUAAAGUUUUCAGUAAUAACUUGAGUUUGCUUUGACCUUUUGACACCAAACUUGCUGUGUGGCAGCUUGGGAUUGCCAAUUACAUAUCUAGGAGCAAGGUCAAGGUCAUUUGCUUACAAUAGAAUUUUCAGCCUAUUGUCAAUAACUUCAGUGCACUUUGACCUAGUGAUUCCUGUUACAUCAAAAAUUGGCCAUUGAAAACCUGGUUUCAUCGCAUGUGACGCUUCUUGUGUUCUUUUUAUGGCAAAUGAACAUUUUUACUCUUAACUUGCUGUUGCUACUUUAAAUUUUAAGGACACCUUACAAAAUUUUAAGUCAUAAAUGCAAGAAAAAUGCUCUUUUUAAACUAAGGUCAAAUGUAAGAAUUUUCUUGUUUUUUUUUGGUUUUUUUUUUUAAUGUGUGUUUUUCGUUUUUUUCCUUUUAAAUAGGACUGCUAUUUGAUACAAAUGUUCAACAUUUUCAGCAAUUAUGUGCAAAAUUGAAUUCACUUUGGCUUAAGUCAAGGUCUAUUGUCAGAUAUAAAAAUGUGAGUAUAAAUCAUUUACAGUCAUCAAAAAUUGUGGGAUUUGAUGUAAAUUGUGUAUAAAUUUAUAUGAGCAUUUGUGACAAUUGGUACUAUUGUCUAUACUAUGAAAAUACUUUAAUGUUUGCAUAGAAUGAUAUCAAUUUGUAUGCAUUUUAACUGUUGUUUAUAUGUUUCAGCAGUUAUAAUUCUGUUUUCAAACUAGAUUAUGAAUAUCAUAUUGUUAUACCAUAACUUGCUUUUACUUGUUAUAAUUUAAAAGAAAUAAAAAAUCUGUUAAUUUAAUUUA